CAUUGUCUCCCCUGAGUUGGUCCAAAUAUCCCAGGAGUCGAUUAUCGUUUGACCUCAGACUUUCUGUGAGGAUGGCAAGUCAGUCACAGACUGUACAGGAAAAAGGAGUAGAGUGGACAGCCAUUGUUCUGACCUGUCAGUACAAGGACAGUGUGUAUGCCUUCCAGAGAGAGUUAGAAAUUAGACGACAGAAGAAUCUGAUCCCACCAGGAGUCGUUCUUCUUACUGUUGAAGAUCCCAAGAGCCACGUUGGCAGUGGUGGUGCCACACUCAAUGCUCUCCUUGUUGUUGCAGAACACCUCAGUGCCAAGGCUGGCUACACAGUUGUCACAUCCGAUGUUCUGCAGACAGCUCACAUACUGAUAGUACAUAUGGGUCGAGACUUCCCAUUCGAUGGUUGUGGCCGUGCGUUUACAUGUCUUCCUUUGGAGGGUCCUGGCAUGUCGCCAACAGUGGAGGCCCUGGUCUGCAACAUUGAUGUGCUGCUGCACACUAUGACUCACAAGGUUGCAGUAGGAGCUCCCCCUGGGGUAUGGGUUUGCAGUACAGAUAUGAUACUCUCUGUCCCAACCUUGCCAGAAAUUUGCUGGGAUGGCUUCAAAGGAGUUAAAGUAGUGUCUGUUCCAGGAAGUGUUUCAUAUGCUCAAAACCAUGGUGUCUACUCCAUUGACCAAGAGGGUUUUGUGUGUGAUAUCAUAUACCAAGGAACAAAGGAACAGAUAAACAAGUGUGUACAGCCUGAUGGAAAAGUACCUCUGGUGUCUGGAAUUGUUUUCUUCUCCUCAGAGACAGCAGAAAAGCUUCUCUCCACUCAUGUAAUACCACCUCUUGAUGCAUGCACUUAUAUGGGGCUGGAUUCAGGAGCAAAACCUAUUCAGCUCUCACUGUUCUUUGACAUUCUGUUGUGCAUGGCACGAGGUAUCACAGAAGAGGAGUUUGUGCAUGGUCAGUCCAAGUACUGUAGCAACAAAGAUGGAAAAGAGGCUACUUCCUUAAAGAAUGCUCGAGCUUUGCUCUGGAAAGAGAUACGGGGCAUACCUCUUAGAAUUGCAUAUAUCCCUGAAGGAGUCUACAGCUACAUGACCAUGUCAUCAGAGGACCACAUUCAGAAUUUGACACAACAAACUGCAGUUUCAAGCUCCUUUGUUUUCCACCAGCUUGCAUACUCCCAUGUGACUCAUCCAGAGCUGUUGAGUGUCGGCUGCUCUGUGGUGAACAGUCUCCUGGAAGGUGAAGUGACAGUGGAAUCACAGAGUGCUAUACAACACUGCCAUCUACAGGGUCCCCUUGAAAUUGGAAAAGGAUGUCUCCUGAUUGGUUUGGAUGUGUCAUCAUCACUAUCUCUGCGAGGCUGUCACCUUAGUGACAUCAUCAUUCAGGCUCACUACAUCAGGCUGAGGGACAUGUGGCUGAAAGUAUUUACUAUCUUUGGGCUUCAUGAUGACCUUCAGAAGCCCUAUACAGAAGACACAGCAUCCUACUUGAAUGGAAAAUGGAGUGAAUUCUUUGAAAGAACUGGAAUCAGAUCUGGUGACAUCUGGGGAUCCGGCGUUCCAGAGAGUGACCAAUGUCUGCUCAGUGCCCAGCUUUUCCCUGUAUUCCAUGCAUCUGAGCCGGUGGCAUUAGAAGAUGUGUUAUGGUUCCUGGGUUCAGAGGUCUUCACAAGGCAAGACCACUUGCAAAAGUGGAAUUCAUCUUGGCGAAUGUCUCUGAGGCAGAUGCUAGGCUGUCUGGACCAGGAAGCACUGCUCGAAUCACGGAGGGAGAUAUUUUUCAGCAGAGCACAACGCAAAGCAAGGGAAAUCCUCCUAGAAAGGAAGGAUGACAGCCUUUUACCACUGAUCCGAGCAGCUGUUAAUGAGGGGUAUGAACAGCAGUUGCUAGAUACAAUAGACCAUGUCGCAUCACGAGCUGAGGACCCUGGAGUAGCUGCCCGUGCACUUGCAUGCAUUGCAGACAUCCUAGGCUGCAUGGCUAGAGGACAUGGAGGCCUGCGCAGUGGACCAGCAGCUAACAGAGCAUGGAGCCCUGCACUACAGCUCCUGGAAGGUGGAGAUGUAGCACAAGGAGUAGAGGCAUUGCGAGAGGAAAGAACUAGAUGGCUGAGCAGACCAGACCUCUUAGUUCGGGCUGCCCGUCACUAUGAAGGAGCUGAGCAGAUCCUCAUCCGGCAAGCUGUAAUGUCCGCCUGUUGCUUUGUCACCAUCACUGAGACACAUCUGCCUUCUGUGAGUCUGUGGGUAAUAGCAGAAUGCCCUGCACGAAUUGAUGUUUCAGGUGGAUGGAGUGACACACCUCCUAUCACUUAUGAGCAUGGAGGUGCUGUGGUAGAUGUAGCUAUCCUAGUGGAUAAAUGUAAGCCAAUUGGAGCAAAAGUAAGACGCAUAUCAGAGCCAAAGCUGAAGCUGGUCAGUGCUAGUGGAGUUCGAGAUGGAGAACUGGUGACAGAGACUGUAUGUGAAACUCUUGAGGAUCUGCAAGAUUACUGCCAACCCCAUUCCCCAGGAGCCUUGCUGAAAGCUGCUUUCAUCUGUACUGAAGUCAUCAUAUAUCCUUCAAAAACAUCCCUGCAAGAUCAGUUGAUGCAGAGGUUUGGAGGUGGAUUUGAGCUGCAUACAUGGUCCAAAUUACCACAUGGAUCUGGCCUUGGCACCAGCAGCAUUCUGGCCGGAGCUGUGAUGGCAGCACUCUAUAGUGCUACUGGGAAAUCAUAUAACACUGAUUCUCUUAUCCAUGCUGUUCUCCACUUGGAACAAAUCCUGACAACAGGAGGAGGCUGGCAGGACCAGGUGGGUGGUCUUGUGCCAGGGGUAAAGAUUGGCAGAUCAAAAGCGCAGCUGCCACUACGGGUGGAUGUGGAGCAGUUAUCACUGCCAGAAGGUUUUGUUAAAACACUUAAUGAACAUCUUCUCCUGGUAUACACUGGGAAGACCAGACUGGCACGGAAUCUCCUGCAGGAUGUGCUGAGGAACUGGUAUGCCAGGCUGCCUGCUGUAGUGCAGAAUGCAGACAGCUUAGUAGCAAAUGCCGAAGAGUGUGCCAAAGCUUUCAGCAAAGGUGACCUGCUGCAGAUUGGAGAGUGCCUGAACACAUACUGGCAACAGAAGAAGUGCAUGGCCCCUGGAUGUGAGCCGCAAGCUGUGAAGAAGAUGAUGGAUGCACUCCAACCACAUGUCUAUGGGCAGAGUCUAGCUGGUGCUGGUGGAGGAGGCUUUCUAUACCUGCUCACAAAGGAAGCCAACCAGAAGGAAGCUGUGAGAAAUAUUCUUGCCAAUACAGAGGGUCUGGGAGAUUUCAGUGUACAUGAUGUUGAUGUUGACCUGAGUGGAAUUUCAGUUGCAUUUUCUUCGAGUGAAGACACCACUGAUGCUGGGAGUCGAUGACAGUGGACAAGACUAAAUUCAGUGGAUGUAACUGGGUGCCAUGUGCUACUGGACAGUUCUAGUCUAAUCAAAUGGACUUUACAUUGACCUGUUUUAUUUUAAAUCCAGUGGAUAAAUCUAUGUGCAGUCUUGUCCAAGUUCUGCACCUCUCAAGCAGAAGCCAAACUGAUGUAAGGAGACCCGUCCUCAAACUGCCAAUGUUUUAAUGCAGGAUAUAUUACAUGCGUAUUGAUAUCUAUAA